CCGCUGCCCGCGAUGCUGCUGCUGUGGGUGUCGGUGGUCGCAGCCUCGGCGCUGACGGCACCGGCCCCCGGGGCAGCUGGGCAGAGGCGGGGAGCAGCCGGAGCACCUAACGUGGUGUUAGUCGUGAGCGACUCCUUCGAUGGACGGUUAACAUUUUACCCAGGAAGUCAGGUAGUAAAACUUCCUUUUAUCAACUUCAUGAAAGCACAUGGCACUUCGUUUCUGAAUGCCUACACGAACUCCCCAAUCUGUUGCCCAUCACGUGCAGCCAUGUGGAGUGGCCUCUUCACUCACUUAACAGAAUCUUGGAAUAAUUUUAAGGGUCUAGAUCCAAAUUAUACAACAUGGAUGGAUAUCAUGGAGAAGCAUGGCUACCGAACACAAAAGUUUGGGAAACUGGACUAUACUUCAGGACACCACUCCAUCAGUAAUCGCGUGGAAGCAUGGACAAGAGAUGUUGCUUUCUUACUCAGACAAGAAGGCAAGCCUGUGGUUAAUCUCAUCCCUAAUAAGACUAAAGUAAGAGUGAUGGAAGGGGACUGGAAGAAUACAGACAGAGCAAUAAACUGGUUAAGAAAGGAAGCAAUCAAUUACACCGAACCAUUUGUUCUUUACUUGGGAUUAAAUUUACCGCACCCUUACCCUUCACCAUCUUCAGGAGAAAAUUUUGGAUCUUCAACAUUUCACACAUCUCUUUAUUGGCUUGGAAAAGUAUCACACGAUGCUAUCAAAAUCCCAAAGUGGUCGACUCUGUCAGAAAUGCACCCUGUAGAUUAUUAUUCUUCUUAUACAAAAAAUUGCACUGGGAAGUUUACAGAAAAAGAAAUUAAGAAUAUUAGAGCAUUUUAUUAUGCUAUGUGUGCUGAGACAGAUGCCAUGCUUGGUGAAAUUAUUUUGGCUCUUCGCCAGUUAGAUCUUCUUCAGAAAACUAUUGUCAUAUACACCUCAGACCAUGGAGAGCUGGCUAUGGAACAUCGACAGUUUUAUAAAAUGAGUAUGUAUGAAGCUAGUGCCCAUGUUCCACUUUUGGUAAUGGGACCGAGAAUUAAGGCCAACCUACAAGUAUCAAAUGUGGUUUCUCUUGUGGAUCUUUAUCCUACUAUGCUUGAUAUUGCUGGAAUUUCUCUGCCUCACAACCUAAGUGGAUACUCUUUGUUGCCAUUAUCAUCAGAAACAUUUAAGAAUGAACAUAAACUCAAAGACCUACAUCCGCCCUGGAUUUUGAGUGAAUACCAUGGAUGUAACGUGAAUGCUUCCACCUACAUGCUUCGAACUCACCAGUGGAAAUAUAUAGCCUACUCUGAUGGUGCUUCAGUAUUGCCUCAACUCUUUGAUCUUUCCUCGGAUCCAGAUGAACUAACAAAUAUUGCUACAAAAUUUCCAGAAAUUACUUAUUCUUUGGAUCAGAAGCUUCGUUCCAUUAUAAACUAUCCUAAAGUUUCUGCAUCUGUCCACCAAUACAAUAAAGAGCAGUUUCUCAAGUGGAAACAAAGUAUAGGACAAAAUUAUUCAAAUAUUAUAGCGAACCUUAGAUGGCAUCAGGACUGGCUGAAAGAACCAAGGAAGUAUGAAAAUGCAAUCAAUCAGUGGCUUAAAACCCACACUAAUCCAAAAACAGUUUGAACAAAAAUAAGAAAAUAAUGUUCUAGAGCUAUAUAUAAAUA